AAAAGGUAAACCUAAACAAACGAUGGAGAAUCCUAAUUCUUGCUACUGGUCGGAGCUCUCUAUCGAGAUCUUGAGCUUACUGUUGGAACGUUUGAGUUUUGUAGAUUUCCACCGCGCUAAGAUCGUAUGUCCUAAUUGGUAUAUUUGCUCGAAACAAACCGUGCGGCGUAGAAGUGGAUCUCCAUUACUGAUGCUGUGUACAGAAGAUGAUAUUGAGCUGUUCAACCCGGAAGAAGAUAGGGUUUACAAGACAAAGAGAGACUUUUCAGGGAGGCGAUUUCUGGCAAACUCAGGUAACUGGUUCCUGAUCCUCGAUUCUGGAUCGAAUCUCUACAUUGAAGAUGUGUUUAGCGAGAAGAAGAUCAAUCUUCCACCUCUAGAGUCAAUUAAAUCUGACCUUUUUAGUCUUAAGCGAGUAGGAGAGAAGGAAUUCAACGAGAAAGUAGUCGGUGGUUUCCCAGAGAAAGGGUGUAGCAAAAGUGUGGAAGAUCUGAGAGGCCUUUUGUGGGUAGAUGAAGGGAAGGAAGAAUACAGUGUUGCUUGGUUUUUUGACAAGGGUGCCCAAUAUAUAUCUUUUUGCAAGAACGGGGAAGAUUAUUACCGUACCAUUCCAACUCGGAUUGGUGUUCACUAUAAGUCUCAAGGCAUAUCUGAUAUGGUACUCCGGCGUGACUCUCUUUACGUCUACACGACUCGUCAAUACGUUCGGCUCCUGGAUUUGUCUGGACAGGAAGGUUUCACAGAAGUGCCCAAGAGGAGUUUUAUAUUACCAUUCCUCCCAGCUUCUCCUCUGAAUUGGGACGAAAUCACAUAUGCAGACAGGUUAAAAGUUAGCUAUAACAUUGCUGUUACAAGAUCAGGAGAAGUUUUGUUGGUUGAGAGCAUCCUUUUUAAAGCAACCAGUUCUGAAAUGAUGCCUAGGAGGAUGUUCCAUCUCUACAAGACAGAUCCUAAUCCAGAUUCGGAAGAUAUUCUCCAUAGCGAGAACCUGUCUUUUGAGGUACAUUCUCUAGGUAAUGAGGCCCUCCUCCUCGAUUCUGGUAUCACUGUGCCUGCUGACCCUACCCUUGGCAUCGAACCAAACUCCAUCUACUUCACCCGUCAUGACCGUGUCCGUAACUUUGCUAAGGAACCUUCAUGCCCGGACAUCUGUGUUUUCAAUCUGGCAACAAAGAAACUCACACGCUUCCCCAUCCUCUCCUACUUCAAGCCCAAGGAUGCUCUAUGGUUUCACCCUUGUUAAUUUACUUCUCUGGAAUUUCCAGGUUGUAUCGUGUUUUUUUUUUCGCUGACUGAUCUACCUUGCAGCAAUGAAGACCCUCCAACACUUCCCCUUGGUUUCUCACUGGCUCUUUAUUUGCUUCUUUCUUUUCAUUUGGUGUCCUUUAGAGAUUUCCUGAUUUCGUUUUCUUGUCUUCCUUUUUAUUUGUUGCAUCUUAUUUCUCUUGUGCUUUAUUUAGUCUAAUAAUCUGUAUGCCUUUUUGCUGGUUUUAUAAACAUGAUCAGGGACCUAGCUUGCUAUAUUCCAGGUGUAGUUUUUUACUCAUAUAAUGAUGUUUAAUU